CAUCCAAACCCCAAAUUCUAUGGUCUAGCAUUUGUUAAUCUCUCCACAGUUCAUCCUCCCCCUUCCACUAUUGAACCUCGCACUAUUACUCAAGCGCUCAAAGAUCCGUUGUGGCGCAAGGCUAUGGAUGAAGAAUACACUGCCUUGUUACGAAACCACACAUGGGACUUAGUUCCGCGUGGGUCUCGCUCUACCAUUGGUUGUAAGUGGAUUUUUCGUGUCAAGCGCAAAGCUGAUGGUACCGUUGAUCAGUACAAGGCUCGUCUCGUUGCCAAAGGGUAUUCUCAAGAACCCGGCAGGGACUAUUCCGAAACCUUCAGUCCAGUAAUGAAGCCAGUAACAAUUCGGUUAAUUCUUACUCUGGCAUUGCAUCAUAGUUGGGCUAUUCGUUAACUUGACGUAAAUAACGCCUUCUUGAAUGGAACGUUGCAUGAAACUGUUUAUUUGGAUCAACCACCUGGGUAUUCCGAUCCUAACUUUCCGCAGCAUGUUCCUGUAUCAACUCCAAUGUCUGCUACUGAAAAGUUACCGCCGGCCAACCCCACUACUGCUUCUAUUGAUAUUUCUGAUUACCGACGGCUUCUUGGGCUUCUUCAGUAUCUCAGUUUCACCCGGCCUGAUAUUUGUUUUGCGGUUCAUCGACUUUCUCAAUUUUUGAAUGGACCCGUUUCUUCUCAUUGGUUUGCCGCUAAACGUCUACUUCGGUAUCUCAAGGGCACCUCUUAUCAUGGCUUGUACAUGCGGCCUACUGCACAUCUUUCUCUCACAACAUUCUCUGAUGCAGAUUGGGGCAGUACCUUUCAUUCCCGUAUGAAGCAUCUAUGUCCUGACUAUUUUUUGUCCGCGACUUGGUAGCUGCUGGGAAGUUGUCUGUUCAUCAUGUACCUACUACACCUCAGCUAGCGGACAUUUUGACUAAGCCUCUUGGUCGUACUCCUUUCCUUCAUUUCCGUUCCAAGAUUGGCGUCUCCAAUGGAUCUUCCAUCUUGCGGGGGAAUAUCACGGAUAAUAUUUAGUAUAUUAUCUACUAGUUAUUAGUCAUGUUUGUUGUAACUAUUAAUUGUGAUAUUAUCUCUUUACUAUCGUAUCGGUAUACCAGUAGCAUAGAUAGAGUUAAACUCUUCAACUGUACUUAUAUAUACUCAUGUACGUUCACUGAUAAUCACCAAUAACACAAUCCUUUAUACCUGCC